UAAUAAUAUACAAAAAUAUUUACGCGUGAUAUUGCUCUUAAAGAACUGGAGGCAGGGAUGGGAAAAAGUCACUCCACAGAGACGUGGCUGACACCAGAAUCCCACAAGGAUUGGGAUUGGGCCAUUGGGUAUUCGGCUAUAUCCUGACCUAUUGCUAUCCCUGUACCAUUAUAUAUCUCCUUGAAAAAAUUCACAUGACGAAUAGUAAUUUUUAAGCUCAAAUAUCCAUUUCCGGAAUUUGGGUUACCGCUAUACAAUAAUUUUCUUAAUAGAAUCCGGUUCUUCUCAUCAAAGUUGAAUGGUUUGAUGCAGAAAUGGGAAUUUUGUUACAGCUUUUGAGUGCCUCAUUAGUAGGAAUCCAGCCAUAAGAAAAUGAAAAAUACUAAUAAUGGGGAAGUUUUAGUCAAAAAGCCUUAAAUGGAUUCUAGAAAUCCUUCUUCAGCGAUAAGAUGGGGUCCUGGUAGGAGGUCACUCUCGAUUAAAAUCUCUCCCUUCCAAUUAGAGUGUGAUCUUCAAAUUAGGGUGUGAUCUAGAUUCAUGCUUUCCAGCUGGGUUGCUUUUCCGGUUCAUUCUAUCGCAGAGAUGAUUUAUGAAGUAGAAUUGCACAGGACUCUGAUAGCACGCCCUGUAAGAAGCUCAGAUGGAAAACUACUGGUUUCCGGGAGGUAUCUCUUAACACAGGUGCUGGAGAUCUUGUCUCAAGAAAAGGCCAGCAAUGAGCAUGGUGUCUUUCUUGCAGUAAAUAGCUUGAAGAACAUUGACAAAGGCCAAGUUUUGGAUGAAUCAGGCUGUACGUCCUUCACUGUAACGGUUCAAUGUCGCAGCUUCAAGCCUGAAGUGGGUGAUGUUUUGCAGGGAUUCGUUCAUUACAUAUUUCAAGAAGGGGUGUUUUUGCAGACGGGGCCUGUGAGAUAUGGGUUUCUUCCAUUUAUGAAGAUGCCUGGCUACUUGUAUUUUCCUGCUGCUGAACAGGAUCCAUUUUUCUUGCAAGGCGAAACAAAUAAAAAGAUAAAGAUGGGUAGUGUGGUGCAGUUUGUGGUGCUUGGAGUGAGUUGGAUAGAGGAAACGGCUCAUGUUGUGAGGGAAUUUGCGCUGGUUGCUGGCAUAGAUCGUGAAGGCCUGGGCCCAGUUUACCUUCCUGGAACCGCUGAAAUCAACCAGUGAAUUGAAUCUUCUGCGUUUGCAGCCCCUGGAAAAUUUUUUCCUGUUUUGAUUUUUGUUGAAUUUGCUCAUGCUGCUAAUAAAACCUGAGAGGCUGCUUAUCCUUUUCAA